UUUGAGUCAAACUAGUUCCAUUUUCGCUUUCGGUUCGUGCGCACGCAUUUUUUGAACGGAACGGCAUUUAAAAAAAUAUCGCUUUUCGAACAGUUUUCUUUGUACUGGCCAGUGUGUGUUUGUUGUUUGGAAGUUUUAGUGGCGCCAUUUGGAAUUUUUGAAUGAACGUUAAAGUUUCCUGAGCGUACAUCGUAAAUAGGUUGUGUUUCGUCACUGGUGAGGAUUUUAUUUUUAGCAUUUAGCUUGUUAAAGUUGUUGGUGUGAGACCGAUCUUAAUUUAGCAGUUCACACGAGUAUGUAUUCAGUGACGACGGUGCUUUCAAUAAGAUGAGAAAAAAGAGGAAAGUCAACGCCAAGUGCAGAUAAUAUUUAAAAAAAAUAAAAUAAAAAAAAAAUACAAAGUGAAUCAAUAAAAACGUGUUCUCAAAUCGGUUGCUAACCAGGCAGGACUGGCACGUUCAAAAACAAACAAUUUAAAUUUGGAAUACAAGCAAUCGAACUUUAAAAGGUGAUCAGCUUUGUUUAAACAUAUUUCGGACUGCUUCUUUUAAGUGGACAAACAAAAUAUUUGAACGCAUUUAAAUUUCGAACAAAAUAAUCAAAGACUUUCAAACGUGCAUUCACGAAGUACUUUUAAGUGACGCGGUCGGCCGCGUAUUGUGGUAAAGUGUCGGAGUGCGGUGUCAAAGUGGCGGGAGACGAGCAUCUGGACAUGCUGGGGGGUCCCGAGUGGGGGCAGCGGGAGGCCAGCCCCCCACGGGACGCGCCUCUGCCCAGCUUCGGGUUCACACAGGAGCAAGUCGCUUGCGUGUGCGAGGUGCUGCAGCAGGCCGGCAACAUCGAGCGUCUCGGCCGAUUCCUCUGGUCCCUGCCGGCGUGCGAGAGGCUGCAUGCGCACGAGUCGGUGCUCAAGGCGAAAGCCAUGGUCGCCUUCCACCGAGGCAACUUCAAGGAAUUGUACAGAUUGCUAGAGUCGCAUACAUUUAGCGCGCACAAUCAUGCGAAGCUGCAGAGUUUGUGGUUAAAAGCACACUACAUGGAGGCGGAGAGGUUGCGCGGGCGGCCGCUCGGCGCCGUCGGGAAGUACAGGGUUCGACGCAAGUUCCCCCUGCCCCGGACCAUAUGGGACGGCGAGGAGACCUCUUAUUGUUUUAAAGAGAAGUCGCGGUCAGUGCUGCGGGACUGGUACCUCCACAACCCUUAUCCCUCCCCUAGGGAGAAAAGAGAGCUGGCGGAGACCACGGGGCUUACAACUGUACAGGUGUCCAACUGGUUUAAAAACAGGCGGCAGAGAGACAGACAAGCGGAACACAAAGAUAGCGGCGGCGCGGGCGACAAGCAACUAGACUCAUCAACAGACGACGACAGCGACGCGCCUGCGCACGCGCCGCAACCCCACGCGGUGCCAGCGCACGCCCCACAACCCCUAUACCCGCUCUACGAACACCCCCUAGCCCAUCUUCAGUAUCACCACACGUGACCACUUGGGGUUCAAAGGGAUCCAAAUCCUGCCCCGCUUACGUGGGUCAAGGGCCCCCUGUAAAUUUUGCAUAUAUUUAUUUAGUUGCGAACAAGUGCAAAUGGCUUCCAGUCGAUGGGUAGAUAGUGUUCAUAAAACUUUGUUCCGUACUUUAUUUGUCAAUAAACGUGUAUACGAUUUUUAGGUGCCAUAGUCGGCACGACAGUGGUGUAGCGGUCUCGGGUUUGACCCCCGGGUCGAGUUGUGAUCUUUUGAUAGAUUUGAAACUAUACCAUGUUUAGGGAAUUGAAAAAUAAAGUGUGAGAAAAUAUCUACACUAGCUUUUAAAUUAUUUCCAUUGUGUUAGGUGUCAUUGAAGGAAAAAACAAGAUUUAUUUGAAAAUAAGUAUUUUUUUCGAUUUGGUUUUGCCCUUGUCUCAAUAUGGUGUAGUAUUAAAAGAAUUUAAAGUGUCUGUAAUUUAAUCAUAACCAAAUUGAUAACAUGUAUACUUUAAAACAGACGUUAAAAAUAACUACAUUUACUUUUGCCUGAUCACAUCAUUGUAAAAUCUAUCAUCGGGAGGUCCACUUCCCAUCGCUAGUUCCUAAAUCCGACGCUGUCAAAUUAUACGCAAAAUUGUAAAAUAUCAAUGUAAGUAAAAAUUAUCCCAAAUUGAAAUUUUUAUAAUAUACAACCAUUGCCAUAAAAAAAAUGAAUAAGGAUUUUAGAAAAACUUGUUUAUAUAACCAUAAAUUUAAUAGAAUUAUUUUAUUCGUACAGAUGUAAAUAACGUAAAAAAAAUAUUAAUUAAAAAAUACUCAAAAUAUAAAUAUAGCUUAAGGUUAGCGCGCACUACAAUAAAGAUAUCACGCGAUAUUUCAUGCUAUAUGGAGGUAGCAGUUAUAUUUCGCUAAUUUACACGCGAUUAUAGUACUACGUAGAAUUACUUAAACAGGGUGUAUUUUUGAGAUGGGACAGUAAAGGCAGAUAUUUUAACACUUAUAACAACUACCUACAAGACAAAAAAAAUAAUAAAGACUGUUUUCAAAUAUCACCCAGGAAGUAAUCUUGGUGCGCGUUUUUCCUUUUUCAUCAUGUUCAGCCUUUUUAAAAGCGACCAUAUAACUGGAUUUUACCUGUGAUUGUAUUCGUCAUAUUCUCAUACAUGUACUACAUAAAAAUACUCCGUGCAAGGCAUUCUGUACAUUUUAGAUCAAAGCAAUGAAACCUUAAUAUUAUAUUGCAACGGCACAUAACUUGAUUAUUGUAAAAAACAAUAAAUAUUUACCUUUGUUUUAUGCUAUAUGGAGCGUAAACAUUAUCUAAAAUGGACGAGUAACACUACAAUUAUCUAAUUUGACAGUGAUCAGUAAAUAAGAUAAUUUGACACUAUUCUGUGAAAGUAUGUCAAGUUAUGCGUUGUGUUGCCAUUUGCCAAUACAAAUAAAUAGAAAUUUACUAUUUAAAAAUAAUUAUAGACCUUUGUCUCUAUACAUAAUUCCAGAAUAAAUGUGUUAAAAAAGUAAUCAUCACUGAAAAUGUAUUUUAUAAAUGUAAAAGGUUCAUGAACACUAUUGUAUUCCCGAUUUCAGCACAUUUAAGCCCAUCGCACAUAGACACAUCGCAUCGCAUGGCAUCCGGAUAAUUUCCACUCAUAAAAUAGCUGGCGAUUUGCUUAAAGCAUUGUAUUAUCGAUUGUUUGAGAGAAAAUUAUAAUAUAGAUAACUAAAAUAAAAUCCAAAUAAUUGUUUUAUUUCAAUUCAUUCGCGUAAAUAUAAGAAAUCAUGAAAGAUUCGUGUAGAAUGACUGAGUUUCACCGCUUAGUGUCUUAAAUGCAAGUCAAUGACUAGUCUGGCUUACAAUAGUUGUAGUAAAGAUAAGUGAGAUUUGAUAAACCACGUCAACAUGUUCUUAUAGAGGUUUCAAUGUAGUUAAUUUAUGAUGUAUUGACAACGUAACUGCUAUUAUAGAAUUUUAAAAUAAAAAACAAUUUAUCGGAUUUAAUUGCAGUUUUUGUCUUUAAAAAUUCUCUCAACGUUUUAAAGACUUUGCAGCCUUCGGGAACCGCGCUAAAAUCCGAAAACUAGUUUAAUUUUAAUGUCUAAGACUCGCGUAAACAUAAGAAAUCAUUAUGCUAUUCUAGAAUGUUUAAUAUUUACAUUGCCAAUAUUACUGAAAUUGAGAGUAAAUUGAAAUAAUUAUGGUUGUGUGCAUAAACGAGAUGUUACUGUGAUGCUGCUAUUAAAAUACAACCGCCUAUAUGUUGAUCCUGAAAACGUAGUCCAUUUAUCGCAAGCCUGAUGCUAUACGUUGCGGUGUGGUGUGCGCUGACAUUUAUAUAGCAAUAACUACAGUUCUAUAUAUUUAUAUCCUUAACAAUAAAAGUUUUUAAUUUUAAUAUGGUUUUAUAUCUUGACCGGGAAAAUAAAAAACCUCUAUGUGUUAAAAUAUAUAACUAAUUUCUCCUCCUGACAGUAAGCAGGUUUUUUACUUUCCUGGUCAGGCUAUAAUUCAGUUACUCUCGUCAAAUAUUUGUGGAAGGUUAAGCGACGUUUAAAAACUUUUAUAGAUAAGGUCUAGAAUAAUUAAUAUAACCAAAUGUAAUGUACUAUUGUUUAACAUUAUAUUUAUUAUUUAGUUUGUAAGUUUAUUGUAAUUUAUUGUGGGCCGCCAUGUUACUACUAGGUUUUAGUUUAUUUAAAAAUCAAGAUGAAUUAACAAACAUAUCUUUCGUAUUCUAGUACAUCUACUUUUUUAUAUAUAUAAUAAUAUCAUCCCUGUAUUAUAUACUGUCCCUCUGCACGGGCGUCCUCUACUACUCAGAGACAUUAGACCUUAGUCCACCACGCUGGCCUAGUGCAGAUUGGUAGACUUCACACAUCCUUAAAAUUCCUAUAGAGAACUUCUCAGAUGUGCAGGUUUCCUCACGAUGUUUUCCUUCACCGUUAAAGCGAACGAUAAAUUCACAAAGAAUACACACAUGAUUUUUAGAAAAGUCAGAGGUGUGUGCCGUCUUGGCAGUACGUUCCACAUCCAACUAGGCUAUCGCCGCUUCUAAAUCAUACGAAUCACUAAAAAAAAUUAAACAAAUAAUAUGUAAUGUCAAGCUUUAUUCUAAUCGGUUUAUUAUUGCUGUGUGUUUCUGUAGCAGUUAUUAUCGUUUAUUAAAAUCUGACAAAAAUAUUUGAACAAGAACUAAGAACAAUCUAGAACGAACUUAGUAUUAAAGAUGGCGGCCCACAGCGUGUAUGUAUAUUAAUUAGUUAAGUAAGAGCAUGAUUUUGUUUAUAGCUGACAUAGCAUUUUUUAAACAAACGUGUGCUGUUAAUUA